AUGUCGCAAAUUCUACCUUUAGACCGAGGAUCGUGCAAAUCAGAAGAAAAUAUUGCACACGUCUCUAAGGAGACGGUGGAAAUUCCUAACGAACAAAAGUUAACAGAUAAUGACACAACACCACUUGAAAAACAUGAUUUAUCUCAUACUGCACAGGAUUUAUCAGAACAAGCGCAAGAGUUGUCUGUAGAGAGUGAUAUUAUUCAGAAACCGAGUCCUGCUACACUCGAAUUCAAAAACGAAGAAUUGACCAGCA